AUGGCUCCAAUCACCACUAAACAAUCUGCUUCUGCUAAAAAAUUUGUUGUUGACACUUCUGCUCCAGUUGAAAACGAUGUUUUUGACCAAGAAGCUUAUGUCAAAUACUUAGUUGAACACAUCAAAGUUGAAAACAUUGUUGGUAACUUAGGUGACAACAUCACCGUUACCGAAGAAGGUAACAAGGUUGUUAUUGUUUCUUCUACCAAAUUCUCUGGUAAAUACUUAAAAUACUUAACCAAGAGAUUUUUGAAGAAAAACCAAAUCAGAGACUGGAUCAGAUUUGUUUCUGUUAAACAAAACCAAUACAAAUUACAAUUCUACUCUGUUGCCGAAGGUGAUGAAGAAGAUGAAGAAUAA